CUCAUGUUUAUAACAUCGACAAACAGAUCAAAUCGAAAAGACUUUAGGUUCAAGUGUUGGCAAGGAGAAAGCAAGGGUCCACCUUGUAACGGACGGGAAAGCGGGGGCACCUUCUAUUAUCAAGGCAUUGUUCCGCAAUGACUGGAGUAACGACAACUUUCACCAUCUGGAAACAAAGGUUUUUACGAUCUUUGUCCAGGGACGAUGGCCAAGGCCUGCGAAACCUGCAAGUCGAAGACUACCCUCAGGGCUAUCCGCGAUUCUCGAGACUGGUUGCGUCGCAUAGUGCAUUCUAUGUGUGUCGUCGUUUCUCAGCACUGCGUGCUCGUCUUCUCCUCCUGAAGCAGGAUAAGUUGUCCUCGCUUGAGAAGCAACUUGAGAUGGUUGACCAACAAGAAACCAAUCCGCUCUUUCUCGCCAGCAGCAGGCGCGACAGAAAUCCUGAACGAGAAUCCAUCCUGUCAAAUAUCGAUACCGCUCUGGCAGAUUAUGAUUCAUUGGUUGAGAGAAAUCGCCAAAUACUUGCCCUAGAGAGCGCAAAGAACCGGGACAUCUCCAGUCUGAAACAUUGGAUAGAUGGAAACGCUUGUAUCACCAGGGAAGAGACAGCGUACCUACUGCAGCCCAAAGAUUUGCUGAGCACUGCACCAUUGUCAGACGAUGCUGUUGCCCAAGUUGAGGCUUGGCUGGAGGACAGGGUCAUUCAGUGUUGGAAAGACUUUCGAGAGCUUCCGUUUCGCAAUGUCUCAAGAGAUCCAAACGUGUACAUCUCAUCAGGCUCUGGGCUGAGACGAGCGACUCGGUUCCUCAUAGCCCUUCUCUUGGUCAUACUCCUCUUUAUCCCUAUCGUCAUCUGCAGUGCCCAAGACAGCAUGACUGCCCGGAUGGCCGUUGUCGCUAUCGCUGCGAGCUUAUUUAUAGGGAUCGUAUCUAUCAUCAUCAAGGCUAAAUCAAUUGAGAUAUUCAUGGCUGGAGCGACAUACGCUACCAUUCUGGUCGUUUUUGUUGCUGGCACAAGCCCAAGUCGCAAUUCGUGACUUGAAAGCACCUACCAUGGGAUACCUCGACUGUUAACCGUUUGGACAGUCCCACGAUGUUUAAGAAAUGUUGACGACAACCUUGUCACGACCGCUUUUUUAGCCGAUCUGCAUCGCAGGCCUUACCUACCUACCGGCGACUCAUGGCGGCUUUGAUCAAGACUGAAGAAGCUGGAGGCAAUUCGUUCGGAUGAAACGGAUCGGGC